GAAUAUUUUGUUACCAAAUUAUUUUUCCUUAGUUUUGAAUAUUUUGAUAAAUGACAACCCAAAAACUCAUUCCCCAAAAAUUUGUUUCCUUUGUUUCCGCCAAGUGUAGAGUGAACCUAAAGACAACGUUAUCACCCGUCUUCUUCUCUUAAAACACGUUACGUGCAUUCCCCAAAACAUUCUUGCUUCUCUGUUAUAUCACCUGCUACGAAAUCUAUUUCAGCAAAUAAACAUAAACCACUGCUAAUAUUUUCAUAAUCUUUUGUUUUCUUCCACAGUUUUUUUUUUGCUUACACAUAAAAAAUGGCGAUGAAGAACGAGAAGAAGAUGACGAAGAGUUACUUUGAUGUUCUUGGAAUCUGCUGUACAUCGGAGGUUCCUCUGAUUGAGAAUAUCCUCAGUUCUCUCGACGGUAUCAAGGAAUAUUCCGUCAUCGUGCCGUCAAGGACCGUCAUCGUCGUCCAUGAUAGCCUCAUCAUCUCACAGUUCCACAUUGUUAAGGCACUUAACCAAGCGAGGUUAGAAGCAAAUGUGAGGGUAACCGGAGAAACCAAUUUUAAAAACAAAUGGCCAAGUCCAUUUGCGGUGGUUUCCGGCGUAUUUCUCGCCCUUUCAUUCUUCAAAUAUGUUUACUCUCCGUUCCGUUGGCUUGCCGUCGCAGCUGUUGCGGCCGGAAUUUAUCCUAUACUGGCUAAAUCUGUAGCAUCCAUUGCAAGGGCUAGAGUCGACAUCAACAUUCUUGUUGUAAUAACCGUGGGAGCAACACUCGGUAUGCGAGAUUACACAGAAGCUGCAGCAGUUGUUUUCUUAUUCACAAUCGCUGAAUGGCUCCAAUCUAGAGCUAGCUAUAAGGCAAGCGCGGUGAUGCAGUCUCUGAUGAGUUUAGCUCCACAGAAGGCAGUGAUAGCAGAGACUGGAGAAGAAGUUGAAGUGGAUGAGCUCAAGAUCAACACUGUAAUAGCUGUCAAAGCUGGUGAAACUAUACCUAUUGAUGGAGUUGUUGCGGAUGGAAACUGUGAGGUUGAUGAGAAAACCUUGACAGGAGAAGCCUUCCCAGUGCCUAAACUGAGAGAUUCAACUGUCUGGGCUGGAACCAUUAAUCUAAAUGGUUACAUAACUGUGAAAACAACUGCUCUAGCUGAGGAUUGCGUGGUUGCCAAGAUGGCAAAGCUGGUGGAAGAAGCUCAGAACAGCAAAACAGAAACUCAGAGAUUCAUAGACGAAUGUUCUAAGUACUAUACUCCAGCCAUCAUCCUCAUAUCGCUCUGUUUUGUGGUUAUCCCAUUCGUAAUGAAGGUUCACAACAUGAAACAUUGGCUUCAUUUAGCACUAGUUGUGUUAGUAAGUGCUUGUCCCUGUGGGCUUAUUCUCUCAACACCAGUAGCUACUUUCUGUGCGCUCACAAAGGCAGCCACGUCAGGACUUCUGAUCAAAGGAGCUGAUUAUCUUGAGACCUUAGCCAAGAUCAAAACCGUUGCUUUUGACAAAACCGGGACCAUAACUAGAGGCGAGUUCAUCGUCAUGGAUUUCAAGUCACUCUCCAGAGAUAUAAGCCUGCACAGCUUGCUUUACUGGGUAUCAAGCGUGGAGAGCAAGUCAAGCCAUCCAAUGGCUGCUGCACUUGUGGACUAUGCAAAAUCUGUCUCAGUUGAACCUAAGCCUGAAGCUGUUGAGGACUACCAAAACUUUCCAGGAGAAGGCAUUCACGGCAAGAUUGAUGGCAAAGAAGUCUACAUUGGGAACAAAAGGAUUGCUUCAAGAGCUGGCUGUUCUUCAUCAGUUCCAGAUAUAGAUGUUGAUACCAAAGGAGGAAAAACUGUUGGUUAUGUCUAUGUUGGAGAGACACUAGCUGGAGUAUUCAAUCUCUCAGAUGCUUGUAGAUCAGGUGUAGCUCAAGCGAUGAAAGAACUCAAAUCUAUGGGAAUUAAAACAGCAAUGCUAACCGGAGAUAACCAAGCUGCAGCAAUGCAUGCUCAAGAACAGCUAGGGAAUGUUAUGGAUGUCGUACAUGCGGAGCUUCUUCCAGAAGGAAAGUCCCAAAUCAUCAAAGAGUUUAAGAGAGGAGGUCCAACGGCUAUGGUAGGAGACGGUUUGAAUGAUGCACCAGCUUUGGCAACAGCUGAUAUUGGUAUCUCGAUGGGUGUUUCCGGCUCUGCGCUUGCAACGGAGACCGGUCAUAUAAUCUUGAUGUCUAAUGACAUCAGGAGGAUACCGCAAGCGAUAAGGCUUGCACGCAGAGCUAAAAGAAAAGUGGUGGAGAAUGUGGUCUUGUCCAUCUCUAUGAAAGGAGCGAUUCUUGCUUUGGCUUUUGCUGGUCAUCCUCUGAUUUGGGCGGCUGUGCUUGCGGAUGUGGGGACUUGUUUGCUUGUGAUACUCAAUAGCAUGUUGUUGCUUCGGGAUAGGCACGUUCCUGGAGAGAAAUGUCAUAGGGGUUAUGCUCCUUCUGUCUUGGAGGUGGAGAGAGGUGAUGUUGCUGGAGACAUGGAAGCAGGUUUGUUACCGAAGCAUUGCAAGUCAGGCUGUUGUGGAAAGAAGAAGCAAGAGGAAGUGAUGAAACUAGAUAGAACUAGUUCGGGACAUGGUCACUCUACAGGUUGUUGUGACAAGAAACAGAAAGAGAGUGUAGUGAUUGUGAGAAAGAGCUGUGAAUCAGGGUGUUGUGGUGACAAGAUUCAGCAACAAGAGGUGAAACAAAGCUGUCACAACAAGGCUGGUGACUUGGAGGAGAUAAGGCUGGACAUUGUUGGUGAUGGUGAUUGCAAGUCGGGUUGUUGUGGAACUGGCUCAAUAGUACAAGAAGUCAAUAUAGAGGAGGAGGUGAAAGUGUCGGUCAAAGGUUGCUGCUCAAGGCCUGCUGCUGAUCCUGUAGUAGCUGCUAGCUUGAAAGUGAAGAGCGAGGGGCAUCGUGAGUCGAGCUGCUGUGAAAGUUCAAAGAAAGGUAACAACGAAGAAACAUGUUGUGAGGUGAAAACGGAGGAGUCUAACUGUAGCAGCAGAGAGAGGAGCCACAGUCACUGUCAAAGUCACCACCAUGCGUGAAAAAAGAUCGUGAGUGAACAUCUUUAGCUUCUCGCUCACAUUUGUAAGCUUUUCAUGUUGCAAGCAUCAGCAAGGAUGAUGUAUUAUAUUGACGGAGUAACCAUCAAGGAAAAUGUGAAUAAAUCAUUUUCGCUUACCUUAA